CCCCCCGAAGGAAAAAAAAAGAAAAAAGAAGAAGAAGGAAAAAAAAACCAAAAACCAACAAACCCGACCGAAACCGAGCCUGCCCCCCCCGGAAAACUUGCCGAACUCGCUCCGCUCCAUGCGGCGCUGACCCGCAGCCAUGGCCAUGGUGGCCGGCGGGUGGGGAGAGCCCAACGGCGGCGGCGGAGCGGCGGAGGAGGCGGUGUCCCCCGCGGGCGGCGGCAGCGACGCGGAGCACGGCGAGGAGGAGCGGCCCGGGGCGGCGGUGGACUGCGUGGUGUGCGGGGACAAGUCCAGCGGGAAGCACUACGGCGUCUUCACCUGCGAGGGCUGCAAGAGCUUCUUCAAGCGCAGCAUCCGCAGGAACCUCAGCUACACCUGCAGGUGGGAAUACGGGGCUCCCGUAGGGAUGUGGGGGUCCCACGGGGACGCAGGGAUCUCAGCGAGGAUGGGGGAGCUCCGGUGGGAAGGCAGAGAUUCUCAGGGAUGCAGGCUGCGCAACGGGGACGCAGGAGGUCCCGCAGGGAUGCGGGCGGGGGGGAGGGGGGGGUCCCACGGUUCCCUGCGUGCACUCUCCCCUCCUAACCCCUCCCCGUACCCCCCCCCUCCAGACGCCUGCGGCCUGUCGGACCCGGCGCACGUGGAGGGGCUGCAGGAGAAGGCGCAGGUGGCGCUGACGGAGUACGUGCGCUCUCAGUACCCAUCGCAGCCGCAGCGCUUCGGGAGGCUCCUGCUGCGCCUGCCCGCCCUGCGCGCCGUGCCCGCCGCCCUCAUCUCGCAGCUCUUCUUCAUGCGCCUGGUGGGGAAGACGCCCAUCGAAACACUAAUCAGGGACAUGCUGCUGUCCGGGAGCACCUUCAACUGGCCCUACGGGACGGGGCAGUAGGGACGGCGAUGCUCCCGGCUCGCCCUAGGGACACCGCGAUGCCAGCCCCCCCCCCCGCUGCGGUGUCAUCCGGGGGGGGGGGGAACGAACUGUGCCGGAGAGGGGGAACCCUGAGAGCUGCACGGCUGCAGCCCCGUGUUCCAGAACCCAAAGGAACCGCUCCUCACCGCAGGCGGACGCCGGACUUUUCCUGGACCCCAUCACGCGGAGCUCUGCAGCCCCAGCAGCGGUCCUGGCUCUGGGAAGGGGCUGUGGGACCCCCGCCCGAAUUGCAGAUGUGGGGGGGUGGAGGUGAUGGAGCACGCAAAGGAGGGGCCCUGGAAAGCUCCUUGGUGCCCUCCCAGGACAGAGCCACCCUCCAGGACUGAAGCACCAACCCCGGAGCAGAGGAACGCCCACCCCCCCCUCCCUGGGAGGCACAGGGUGGUGGUGGGGGGGGGGCAGGGGGACGAUGGGAUGGGGUCACGGGGCACCGUGCACAGGGGGGGUGCAAUGAGAGGGGUCUUGGGGUGCGCUGCACCCAGCCCAGGCCCUGGGGCUCGCUCCGUCCCCGUUGCUUGCUUGGUGCUUGACUCCCCCCACGGAUUUGGGGUUGGGGAUGGAUGCGAGCAUCCUCCCACUACGCUCUGUUCCAAUGCUUCAUUUCUAAGCCAGAACCCCGGGAGAGGGAUGCAGGUGGUGGUAGGGGGAACCAAAAAUCGGG